GCUUUCUCCACAACUAAUGCAUGCCCACAAUCCUUAACAUCUCUCUUGUCUCUCUCUUCAAUGUUCACAGUUUAUGGUAAGAAUAUUUUCAGGUGGUAUUCGUAAGAAAAAUGGUUAGGAUAGCUGAUGACCCACUCCACAAUUCCAUUUCCACAGAAGCAUUGUAUGUUCCUAAUUCUGAUAGAUUUCCAGUCACUAACAACGUUGUUCCCAAUGAAUUAUACCAUUACAAAGAUUCAUUUUCAUGUCGCGCAACUCGUCAAGCUGGGAACUCGUCAGAUUAUUUUUACUCGAAUGACGGGUUAAAUUUCCACUUCGGUGUAAUAUUGUUCGAUGCAGUUUUAGUCAUUUUGAUGACUCGCAUUGUCGCCUUUCUUCUCAGGCCUUGCAAACAACCCAAGGUUGUCUCUGAGGUCAUUGGUGGUAUAAUCCUUGGUCCGUCUGUCCUAAGCAUCGACAAGAAGUUUAAUGGGGCUUUUUUCUCAGCAAAUGUCAAGUAUAUCAUUGGAAAUAUUGGAACUAUGGGCUUCAUGUACUUCCUUUUCAUCAUUGGGGUUAAGAUGGAUCUCUCUGUGAUCAAAUUUUCGAGAAGGAAAUAUAAAAUGAUAACAUUGGCUGGAGUGAUCAUUCCUCUAGUCACAGGUACAAUAGUUGGAAACAUCAUUAGACCGUCAAUGGAUAAAAAACUUUCUAAACCUUCUUCGAUUGGAAGAGUUGUUUUAGCAAUGGCUGUAACAGGAUAUGCUGUCAUUUAUCCUAUCCUUCAGGAACUAAACCUGCUCAGCUCUGAGAUUGGGCAAAUGGCCCUGGCUAUCGCGAUAAUAACGGACGGAAUAGCGAUAAUCUUGUUGAUCAUAUCUGGGGCGCUAAAACAAACAGAUGUUGGUGUCGAUGCCGCUUUAUGGUACAUGAUCUCUGUAAUAGCUUUCAUGGUUUUCAGUGCUAUCACCCUUCAACAAGCAAUGAUAUGGAUUCUUGGAAAAAACCCCGAAGGGAAGCUUAUCGAGCAAGUUUAUGUGGUUCUCAUUUUGUUAGGGGCUUUGGUGAUGAGUUUUCUUACAGACAUGCUCGGAUUGGGCAUUGUUACGGGAUGCAUGUUGACGGGGCUUGUGAUACCCGAUGGUCCACCACUCGGAUCAUCAAUUGUGGCGAGGAGCGAGACAUUCAUAAUGAACUUCUUCAUGCCGUUUUCAUAUGUGUACAUCGGAAUGUCCGUGGAUCUUUCUGCAAUGACAAGUGUUUCUUGGUCUGGAUUGGCACCACUUUUUACAUUGGCUAUGUCAGGAAUUGUGUUUAAACUGCUUGCAACUCUUGUGACUUCUCUCUUAGUGAAAAUACCAUUUAGAGAUGCUCUUACUCUCACGCUCAUUCUGAAUUUGAGAGGUCAGCAGGAGUUCAUGUUAAUAAUGCAUUGGAAGGAAAAAUCGGUUAUAGAAAUCCCAUCUUACACGAUGCUGGUGCUAUUGGUAACAGCUGUGACAGCAAUUGCCACGCCUCUCAUCAGAUUCCUCUACGAUCCAACUAGGCCAUAUAUAGUGAACACGAGGAGAACCAUCCAAUACACCCCUCCACACGAAGAACUUAAAGUAGUAGCUUGUGUCCACAACCAAGAUAGUGUGGCCACCCUCAUCAAUCUUUUUGAAUUCUCUUGUUCAUCUCGGAGAAAUUUGUCAGUCUAUGCUCUCUGCCUCACUGAGCUGAAUGGCCGUGCAGCCCCUUUGUUGAUAGAUCACGAGAAGCAGAAAAUGACUUUCAAUUACUCAGGUUACGAUUCCACAUAUAAUGCCUUAAAAAUCUACAUAGAAACCAAAAGGGACGUGAUGGAGAUCCAUUCCUUCACGGCAGUGGUUCCAAAGCAAACAAUGUAUCAAGACAUCUGCAAGUUGGCUAUGAUAAAAGAAGCCGAUCUUGUCAUUUUACCUUUCCAUAUGGAAUGGAGGGAUAGCGUGAGAAUGACUGAACUCCAUCAUCAACGAAGAACGCCAUCUGUGCUCUCAAAUGUGUUGGACCACGCUCCAUGCUCCGUUGGAAUUCUUGUUCACAAGGUUCACUUAUUGGGCCCCCUUUUUGAUCAUUCCUUCAACAGCUCUCCUCGCCAUGUUCUUGUGCUAUUUUUAGGGGGAGCAGACGCUCGAGAGGCACUUUUUUAUGCAGAUAGAAUUCUAAUGAAUCCGAAUGUGUUCCUUACGGUGAUUAGGUUCCUUUCUCAUCAUCAUCACAGAGAAUAUGAGCAAGAGAAGAAGCUUGAUGAUGGGGUGAUCAUAUCAUUUCGGGAAAGGAAUGGAAGAAAUAAACGUGUGGUCUGUAGAGAAGUUGUAAUGAAGAAUGGAGAAGAAACAUUGGCUACAAUCCAGGCAUUUGGUAAUGAUGUGCAUUUUGACCUAUGGAUCCUAGGAAGGCACAAAGGGAUCAAUCCAGUUCUCCUCAAAGGAUUAUCAUCAGAUUGGUGUGAACAUCUUGAAUUAGGAGUGAUAGGUGAUUAUAUCUCGUCCAUGGAUUUCGAUGGCACCACUUCUAUUUUGGUGGUGCAACAACAAACUUUGAGAGGGUAAUGAAUUCUAUUGUGCAGAUAUUUAGGAGUGUUUAUAAUUGAUCGGUGCUAUGUUUCACCGUAUGCAUGAUAAGGGACCGAAUCCAGCAGUUUCAUGAGACAACAAGCCCAGGCAAAUUGACAGAUUUGUGGUACUUGUUCUCUUAGGACCUCUGGACUAGCACAAGCGGUCGCAACUUGGAGAACUGAGAAGGUCUCGAGAGUCAAAACAAUGAAGUAGCUAGAUAGCAAAACUGGUCAAGGCAGACUUCAAUGUUUUUGUUUUUAUAAUUUAGACUAUUUGUCAACAACUUUUUGAUUUUCUACUAGAACCUUUUAGAUUCCAAAUUUCGACAUUCAUAUCCGACGGUGAAUGAUAGAAUUAUAGCCGAUAGUGGGUCAGAUCACUCCAUCACGUGUUUCACUCUAGUUUUUCCCCUAUCACAACCUCUUACACCAUGCCAAUGGAUUGUUAUACAAAGACUGUUACUUUUUCCAAUGUUGAAAGUGGCAACACCUCUUAAUUAUGUUUUAAA